GAAAUCGCAGGUAGGGUGACAGCGGCGGAGCUUCGACAAUACAGACUUGGUCCCUGUUCACAUACCACGAACGUAUUCCCGCAGCUCAGCGCUCGGCACUCACCCAGGUGAUGAGCUGCUGGCGCACCGUAAGGCUGGUCUGGAGGUGGACUGCUCAGGGCUGCUGAGCGGUCGACUUUGCUUCGACUCGGGCUCGGGCGGGACCGAUGCCGACAAAGCGUCUUUGGAGGUUGAUCGAAGUCUCAUGCCUCGAACAGCAGCACCGACACCGCUCGUUCAUUCAUCUAAGAAUAUACAGAAAGAUGCGUCUCGCACCGGCCAACCUGUCAGGCCAAGUCGGGCACGCAGGUUGACUAGGACCGUCUCUCACCCUGGGCCCCAAUCCCUCCCCUAGCUGCUCCCCUGCGAGUACUCAGGUUCACCACACGCUCACUCACACAUGUCGGACUCCCGCCACGAAGUCCCCAGAAUCGGGACCAUCACUCCAGAAUCAUACAAACAGGGCGACGCCUCAGAGGUGCCAGUCUUGGAGGCAAAAGAGCUUGUACACGAACUUGCGUCCGUCCAGCCAGCGGGAACAACCGUUGAGCCAGCCGAGGCCAGGCCACAAGUCGCUAAGCGAGGCGCGCGAUUUUGGCUCAUAUUCCUGGCCUUGAGCUUUGCGCUCUUCUUGUCCCCCUUAGAGCUGACCUCAGUUUCGACGGCGUUGCCUACCAUUCUCCUCGACCUAAACAAUGGCGAAGACUUCAUCUGGAUCUCGUCGGCGUAUACUCUGGCGUCUACCGCUAUUCUACCGCUGAGUGGCGCACUGGCUGAAAUCUUCGGCCGGCGUCCUUCCAUGCUUCUCGCUCUCGUCCUGUUUGCCCUGGGCAGUGCUCUCUGUGGAUCAGCGCAGACGGUCCCAUGGCUGAUCGGCGGUCGGACUGUUCAAGGGAUGGGCGGCGGUUGCAUCUUGUCCAUUACCAACAUCGUCAUCUCCGAUCUCGUGCCGUUGAAGGAACGCGGGUUCGUCAGUGGAGUCCUGGGAUUGGUAUGGGCAUUGGCGGCAGCCUUAGGGCCGCUCAUCGGCGGUGCGGUGUCGUCCCACGGGCAAUGGCGUUGGUUGUUCUACCUGAAUCUACCCGUAUGCGGGCUGGCGUUCAUACUCGUCCUUACGCUGCUCAACCUUAAGAAUCCGCCCGGGACUUUCCUUGAGAAGCUUGCCAAGAUCGAUUGGAUAGGAAACUUCCUGAUCAUCGCGAGUUCGAGCUCUUGCAUCAUCGCACUGACAUGGGGAGGCGUCGUAUAUCCUUGGUCUUCAGCCAGGGUGCUUGUCCCGUUGUUGGUAGGGUUAGGGGGUAUGGGGCUCUUUUUGCUGUACGAAGCGCGGAUAGCACGGCAUCCCAUGGUGCCCUUCAUUAUACUGUCCAAUUGGACGAGUUUCAGCGGCUACCUGCAGACGUUCAUCAACCCUAUCGUCAUGCUCUCCGUUAUCUAUUACCUGCCAACGUACUUCCAAGCGUGCAAAGGCGCAUCUCCUCUGAUUUCCGGCGUAGACACGUUUGGCCUUUCGAUGGUCCUUGGGCCGAUCGUCAUCCUGACGGGAGUUAGCGUGACAAAGUGGAGUCGCUAUCGAACACAAUCCUAUGUGGGCUGGGCGUUCUUGAUUCUGGCUAUGGGACUACUUUCCAUGGUUUCUGCCGACACCCCUCUCGCACGCACCAUCGGGUUCUCCGUCUUGGUCAGCGUCGGCGGGGGGAUCGUGUACGCGAUUACGUACUUCCCCGUCCUCGCCCCGCUCCCCGUAGACAAGAACGCGCACGCGCUGGCGUUCUUCGCCUUUUGUCGGUCGUUCGCCGGGGUGUGGGGUGUGACUAUCAGCGGCACGAUCCUGCAGAACGAGCUCAACAAGAGGCUCCCUGUUGCGUUCCUCAACAUGUACCCCGGCGGCGCGUCCAUCGCGUACUCUGCUAUCCCCGACAUUAGCGGUCUGCAGGAGCCUUUGAGAUCGCAGGUGCGGGACGCGUUCGCGGGCAGCAUUGCCGUCAUCUGGCAGGUGAUGAUCGGUAUUGCGGGAGCGGGCUUGCUCUCGUCUCUCGCUAUGAAGAACGUGCAGAUGGGCUCAAAGGUAGACGAGAAAUGGGGCUUGGAGAAGGGUGAGAAGUCGUCUCCUACUAGCAAGGCGUAGGCUUUUGGCACUGAAUCGCAGGCUUCCGGAUUCCGGACAUCGUAAUGCUAUGUAUCUUGUUCCUCUCGGUCCGAGACCGCAUUUGUAGCUUUGUUUACUGUCAUUACACACUGGCACUUCGAGUAUGUAGCCGUCUUCACUGUCUUCGACACUGACACUUCGAGUAUGUAUUUUGGCCAUCCUGUAAAGUAACCGACUCUCCUUUGGUGUUGCAUCGUAUUGUGACCAUAUUUGGCGCUUGACGAGACGUAACCAG